UUCGGUAUUCUAGAUUUGCCUUCACUGCCUGCAGAGUCGAUGACAGCUUCACUUAUGAAAAGCAUCUAUUCACGAGAUCUCUAUGCAAAACUGGGUGUGGCUGGCUGUGUUAUGAGGAAAUCUGGGAGGAUCAACAACUCCAUCUUGAAUUGUUCACAGUAUGUCUGACUGCUGAGUCCGAGAUGCGUUGAACGGGCAGAGACAAGAGAAAUAUGAUGGAAAUAAUAGCUGCUGUCGGCGGCUUCAUCACCGAUGUGAUGAACUUUUUCACCGACAAGUUUCUGACUCCACCGCUGAAGGCAACACUCAAACAUCUGGAGGAGGCUGAACUGAAAACUUUGAAAGGAGAAACACGGACCCUGAAGGCGAGGUCUCUGUGGGAGAGGUCCGGAGCUGUCAUCAUGGCAGUGCGGAGACCUGGAUGAUUUAUGUGCAGAGAGGAGGCUGCAGAGCUGUCCUCUCUGAAGCCCCAGCUGGAGGAGCUGGGGGUCCCUCUGUACGCUGUGGUGAAGGAGGACCUCGGCACCGAGGUCCAGAACUUCAUACCGUACUUCAAGGGGGAGAUCUUCUUGGAUGAAAAGAGGCGUUUUUAUGGGCCCCGUGAGCGGAAGAUGGGUCUGCUGGGUUUGCUGCGUGUCGGGGUUUGGAUGAACAGCCUGCGGGCCUUUAGUAGGGGCUUCUUGGGAAACGUUUCGGGAGAGGGCUUUGUCCUCGGCGGGGUUUUCGUCAUUGGACGAGGACAGCAGGGAAUUCUUCUGGAGCACAGAGAGAUUGAACUUGGAGAUAAAGUCAACACUGAGGAAGUCAUCCAAGCUGUCAGGAGAAUAUCACAAGAACUUUUUCCUUUAGAGAGAAAAUAAUGCUUUGAAUUACCCCUGAAGGAUAAGAAUCUCAUAUCAGUAAAACACAGAGAACAUUUAGAAGCAUAUAAAUGAUAUCCAGCUGCACGAAUGAUCAUUAGAUUUGUGGGUUUGUUGGUUUACUGGUUUCUGGGGGGAUAACCAAGAUGCAUUUUAGGGUUUGACUGUGUAGUGAGAGUCUCUGAGUGUGUUAAUGAUGGUCUGUCUUUAAACUCAAGGAGAGGAAGCAGAUCUGAUACCAAACACUCAGUUUCCUGUGUUACUCUGGCAUACUGUUAUGUUAUCUUGGGAGCCAAGAAACCUGAGACCAAUAAAACAUGGCUUAACAUGC